CCUUCUUUAAAGUUUCAUCUAAAAUAAUGAAGAAUCUUAGAUCCAUAUGUUUUCUUGUUUUCUUCAGCUACGUUCAAUGCCAAACUCUACAGAGAAGUUUACUAGCUGCAGCCUUGAACCACACUAAUAGCCAGAAUUAUCUGCAAGAGAACUUAAGAGACAUCACUAGCAUUAUGGUUGCUCAGUUUCUUCAGAAAUCAACUUAUCAAGAAGUACAAACCAUAGUUGAAGAGUUGGUAGAUCGCGCAGAGAAGUGCAAGGUCCUCAAGCCACAGGAAUCACCGUCCGAAUGCUCUCACCAGUUGAUGACUACCUUCCUAGAGCAUGUUUGUAACAACCAAGGAAUGGCUGACAAACAGGAGUUUUCUGACUGUUGCAAUGUAAAUAACAAAGCAAGACUCAAGUGCUUCCUAUUAUACAAAAAAGAUGACACAGAAUAUAGCGAUGUAUUCCAAAUUCCAAAUCUCGAGCAGAUCUGCGAGGUAGACAAAGAGAAUCAAGCAUCAGUGAAGGAGAGGUACAUUUAUGAAACAUCUAGAAAGCAUCCAUUCUUGUAUGGACCUACUAUUCUGACCAUGUCUGCUUGCUAUGAAACAGCUAUUCGGUCAUGUUGCCAAGAAGAAAACAAAACUGAGUGCUUCCAGAUAAAGUUAGAACCCAUCAGGAAAUACGUGAGAGAAAUAUCUUUGAGGCAUCACCAUUUAUGUGAAAUUGGGAUUAAAUUCAACCACAAAGUAUCAAAAGCAGUGGAAUUGGUUCUGCUGACUAAGAAACAACCGAAAGCUAACUUUUCUGAAAUUGCCAAACUGGCCGGGGAUGUUAAAAAUCUGCAUCAGACCUGUUGUGAAGGAGAUGUGGUAGCCUGUGUACUUGGCAGGAGCCGGCUUAUGAACGAUACCUGUUCUAAACAGUCGACCCUAUCCAGCAAAAUCACUCCCUGCUGUGCACUGUCUGUGCCUUUCCGAGGGGAAUGCAUUAUCAACUCAGAAAAUGAUGACAAACCUGAUCUUCCAUCUCUGCCACUCAGCAGGUUUACAGAAGACCGAUUUGUAUGCAAGCAAUUCAUCGACCAGCAAGAUGAUCUUCUGCCAGAGUUUCUUUAUGAAUAUUCAAGAAGACAUUCAGAAUUGGCAGUUUCUUUGAUUUUAAGAGUGUAUACAGUAUAUCAAAAUUUAUUGGGAAAAUGCUGUAAAUUAGAAAAUCCUCUGGAAUGCUAUAGCCAUGGGAAAGAGAUGUUCCAAAGAGUGGUUGGUGAAAGCCAUGAGCGUAUAAAAAAUCACUGUGAUUUACGUGAGAAAUUAGGAGAUGCUAACUUCCAUGACAGGCUCAUAAUCCUUUAUACUAAGAAAGUCCCACAACUAUCUGCUCAAGAGUUGGUUACAUUCACGAAGAACAUGGCAGAUGCUGCCACCAAAUGUUGCCCACUGAGAGAUGAACAGCGAUUUGUCUGCAUGGAGGACUCGGCGAAACUAAUUCUUGGAGCUUUAUGCAGAAGACACGAAGCAGAGCCUAUCAAUGCUGGUGUGGGUCACUGCUGUGAGGACUCAUAUGCCUUCAGGAAGCCAUGCUUUGAUGAUCUGCAGGUAGAUAGAACUUACAUUUCUCCACCUUUAUCCUGUGACCAAGUCAUCAGCCUUAAAGAGGACUUGUGCAAAGCUCGGGAGGAGCAAUUCCAAACUGAGAAGCAAAAGCUCCUGAGCGAUCUUGUGAAGCAGAAACCACAGGCAACGGAGAUGCAGUUCCAAUCAAUUAUUGCAGAUUUCGCUCACCUGGUGGAGACGUGCUGCCAAGCAGAGGAAAGUGAAAUGUGCUUCAGAGGAGAGGGGUCCAAACUGAUUGAAAAGUGCCAGUCUCUCUUGGGACACAAAUGAUCCCAGAAAAUGUCAGUGCGGAAUCUUUGAUAUAGCAACGUGACAGUUACACCUGCCAUCUUGUCCACCUCAUAGACUGCCUUGAAAAUGGACUUCUUCCCCGUUCAGUUCCUAAAACCAAUGUGAACGGCCCUAAGCAAAAUUCCAUAGCAACACUGCCUAACUGAACAUUUCAUAUAGCCAAGAGAUAGUAAAAUAUACCACCAAAUCAGAGAAAACCAUACAGAAAAGAUUCUAUAUUUCUUUAGCUACUGGGUCCGAUUUGUGAAAAGGAUGCAUAUAUACAGGAGCUUUUAGAAAAACAUUUCAUAUAACUCAUUUGCACAUUCUUUUAUUCACUGAUUCACUAAUUCAUUAAGUCUUUUAUUCAAUUGAUUUUUAUUAAGCACAUCUUAUAUACAAAACACAGCAUUAAAUUCAGCCAAGUAUACAAAGAUGAAUGUAACAGGUCCUCUACCAUUAAUAAGUAUAACAUUACUGGGGUUGAAUUUGAACUAAUAUGUAACUGGUAGUAAAAAACCUGA